AUGAGGGUUGAUGUAAGAAAAGCUAUUGAAACAGCCCUUCAAAAACGUUCAAAAUCUGCGAAUAUGAAUUUUUCACUUAAACGUUACAAGGAUUUGGGUAUGGAAAUUGAACGUUCACUUUUCUCUGUUCAUCAAGAUGUUAAUUUGAGAUAUAGGAAAUGGUUCAAAAGCUUUAUUACUGUUAUUAAUGAUGAAAUGAAUGGUUUCUUCCGAGAUGUUCUUCGAGACAAAGUUUCAGUCAAAAAAUUGGUAACCUUGUCAAGUGACCAAAUGAAUGUUCCUUUGCCUCAAAAGGAUCAGGCAAAUACUUCAUUUUCUAUUUCUUCUACCGAUAUUGCUGCUCCUUCAACCUCAAAUAGUAGUUUUAACAUUGCGGCAGCCGAGUUGACUUUAAUCUCCGAAAUGCCCGAAGAAAAUGCCAUAAACGAAUCAUUUACUUCUGCUGACAGUAUUUCUACAAUUCGCAAAAAAAUUGGCCCAACAACAAGUCGACACAAUAUGGUCAAAAAGAUACCGUUGAGUAAUGUACAGGCAAAGUCUGCAAUCGACGACAUUUUGGGUGAUAUGAAUAAAGACACAACACAUUUACAUCAAAGUCAUUUAUACGAUGCAAAUUGUGGAGUUUGUAAACAGAUGAAUUUGAGGAAAUUUGCAGAAAAGGAAAGGAAAGAGCGGUUGGAAGCUAAAUUGGAACAAAAGAGAAAAGCAGAAGAAGCAAAAAGUGGAUCACAAUUAAGUUUUCCAAAUUUGGAUCCUUCUAUUCAAGCUGCAAUGUUGGAAGCUAGUGCUGCUGAAACAGCUUCGAAUGAAUUGGAUUUUUUGAAACAAAAGAGAGAUAGACAGCAACGGGAAACGUUUGAACGCUCUGCCCCGUCCCCAUCAAUUUCUAACAGUAACAAUAUGUUAUUGGGUGGAGAUGUAAUUCUUGGACGUUGUGACGAUCCAAUCGAUCAAGAACGUCGUCUACGAGACCCGUUAGGUCUAGAAUCUGUUGAUGCCCUUCCUCCAGAAGAAGAAAAUGUUCAUGAAGAGGAUGACAAUAUGUCGACAUUUGGACAAGCAAAUGAUGAUGAUUUUGAUGAUGGUGGAGGUGAUUUUAGUAAUAAUAUUGGUGAUGAUGGAUGUUAUGAAUCUGAAAUGCCGUUACAACAAUUAGCUUCUGAAAGGCUUAAUGAUACUGCUACAACAACAGCAAGUGUAGAUGUGAGUUUGUUUUUUAUUUUUGGCUGA